AUGUUCCGUCGUGUUUCAUUAAAUAAUAUCCCUUUCUAUUCGAAACAAUCAUCUCAUCUAUUAUCAUUAUGUAACAAUCGUAUAGUUUCUAUUGGAUGGUAUCAUAGCGACUCCAUCGAAGAAAAUCUACCUGAAGAGCAAGCUUAUGAAGAACAACGACUCUCAUCACACGAGGCAACUAAAAUCUUACGAACGCAUGAAGCGAGUGUUACGUUGGAAGCCAGUUGCCCAGUGAAAUAUUAUCAAGUAAACUAUCUUGGUGCGAAUAAUCCACCGGAGGAUCGCCAGGCUCAAGCUCGCAUACAAUCGAGUAAUUCCAACACGUAUCUGUUCGGCGUUUUCGAUGGACACGGCGGUCCUUGGUGUUCGGAUGCUAUUGGUCAUCGAUUGUUUGAAUACAUAGCGGUGUCUUUACACUCGCCGAAUGAUCUAGAAACUAUUAUGCAAAAAGGCAAAACCAUCAUUAGUAGCAAUCGUCAAAAUCCACGCAAUCUUUCUUCAUUACUUUUACAUUCAUACUAUAGUCCAUACAAAGAUGUACGCAGUUCGAAAACGAAAGAACUUCAUCAAAUUAACUUAUUAAAACACAUCGAAGAAGUCUAUACAUCCUUCGAUGCCGAUAAUACCGAUAUCAACAGCGCGCUUGAAAGUGCAUUUGUCAAACUAGAUCGUGAUAUAUGUGCUGAAGCAAUACCAACUCCCCCGCAACAGGUCAACGAGGACCUUUUACAUAUAAGUACUGCUGGCUCGUGUGCUUGUGUAGCACUGGUGAAAGACACGGAUCUUUAUAUUGCAAAUUGUGGUGAUGCACGGGCGGUUCUCGGUACAACUGAUAAUCAUGGUAAUUCAAUUGCUGUUUCUCUAUCCAAUGAUCAUAAUAUACGUAAUCAAAAUGAGGUUCGACGAGUGCUAUCUGAACACCCGCCAAACGAAUCUCACUCAGUCAUUCGUAGUGAUCGAUUACUUGGCUUAUUGAUGCCGUUUCGAGCAUUCGGUGAUAUACGUUUAAAAUGGCCAAUAAAUACUCUUCGAGAAUAUCUACAGCCUUACUAUAAAAAAGGUGAUGCCAUACCACAUUUCUACAUCACGCCGCCAUACCUGACAGCUCGACCAGAAAUCAUGAAAUAUAAACUAACGAAGAAAGAUAAAUUUCUUGUUUUAGCAACUGAUGGUCUUUGGGAUUUACUGACACCUGAAAAAGUGGUCGAAUUAAUAUCGAAUCACCAGAAAGGGGUGCAAAGUUUCGAUCGAUUUGUUUUAAAUAAAAGCGACGGCAAAAUUGCCUCGUUGAAAUUGAAGGAUAUCAAUGAAUUAUUAUCGGCACGGCAACAAGCCAUCAAAAACCAACCAAUGGAUCAAAAUUCUGCCACCGAUUUAAUUCGUCAUGCACUUGCUUAUACAUCUAAAGGUAAAUUUGAUAGUAAACUCUUAUCGGAUGUUUUGACUUUCCCUAAUCCACGUUCAAUACGUGACGAUAUCACAGUAACUAUUGUUUAUUUUAAUCAAGCAAUGUUUGAUCAAUACGAAGGCAAAGCGAAAUAA